GAGAGAGAGAGAGAGAGAGAGAGAGAGAGGCGGCGGCGCUUGAUCGCUGAUCGCACCUCUUGACUGCCACUGGGGUCUCAGGGUUGAUCCACAGUUGUGCUUGUGUUGGCCUUGCUUCUGGAUCAUUGGCUGUGUCUGUCCUUGGCCUCCUCAGCUGCUGCUCAAUCAGCGGCAUGACGAUGCACAAUUUUGUGACUCGGGCCAACGCGCUUUUCGCGUACGCCUUCUCCUGUCUGGCCAUUGCCACCCUGGGCUGCUUUCUCACGGCCAGCUUGGAAUCAGCAGUCCCCUCCGUUGACAUUCGUGUGAACAACCCGGUGGUGGGCGAUUUGCGGCAGUUUCACCAUAUUCAAAAGUCCUAUGACCGAGCCAGCUUCACCUUUGACAUCGAUGCUGACCUGUCGCCGCUGUUCAAUUGGAACACCAAGCAGCUUUUCCUCUACAUGACCGCAGAAUACAAGACGCGCAAAAACCGCUUGAACCAGGUGGUGGUCUGGGAUCAAAUCGUGCUGCGCAACUCGGGGGCUGAUCGCUUCAAUCUGAGCAACGUUCAGCUCAAGUACCCCUUUUUUGACGAUGGCCACGGCCUCCUGAAGAACAAGGACGUCACGCUAGCCCUUCACUGGAAUGUUAUUCCCGUGGCAGGACUCCUGCCGCGCGUCGCAGAUGGUCACGUGAAGGUGGAAUUUGGUGAUUACUACCAACCCUGGCAGUGAGCUGACUCGUCUCGGGCAAUCCUCGUGACGACGGUCUCGCCCCGAGAGGCACCAAAUCUGAACAAGACAUAUCGAAAGGAACAUAAAUUGGCAAAUUGAAAAUGCAACCGUC